AUGGCUCGAGUGCGCGCGACCUUUGCUCUCGCCACCGCCCUCUCGGCUGCGUCGGCGUUGGUGCAGUCUGGUUGCUUGAGCAGGCGCGCUGCGCUAGCGAGCCUCGCCGCUUUGCCGUGCUGCGCUCCUGCGCGCUCGAUUGCCGAAGGCAUCUACGGUCGCGACGACCGGAUCGUCGUGCCAGUACUCGGUGACCUCAUGGGCUUCGUCGAGUCUGGCGGCAGCCUCGACCGUGCGCAGGCGCAGCUUCGCAAGCUCGCCGACUCCUUGGGCCAGCUCGACCAGCUCGCUGUCGAUCUGGCGCUGCCCGGCUACAGAGGCACCAGAGAAGACAGCAUCACAGUCCUGCGGCUCUCGGCCAUCUACUUCAAGAGCGCGCCGGCGGUCAUGGUGCUUGCCACCAAGAUGGCACCGCUGAGCGGAGAGGAUCUCUCCAAAGCCGCAGCGCUGACCAACAGCUUUGAGGCCUCAAUUGCGUCUCUGGAGCAGGGCUGCCGCGUGGACGACGUCCCCGCGCAGCAGGCGGCACUGGAGCGGGCACGCGGCGCGCUGACUUCCUACCUCGAGCUCGCUGCCGUCCACAACGCCGUGCCGAGCCGCGCGGGUGAGGCAGUCCGCAUUCCUUCGGAUGCCGUGAAGCGGGACACGCUCGGCCAAGCUGCUCUGGAGGGGGUGUGCAAGGCGGCGGAUUGCGAGUCUGUGCGCCGUGCGAACAAUUUGUAG